UGGCGGUUAAGGCGCUUCAUUCCCAUGGCAACCAGCGGGGCGGGGAGGAUUCCUCCGUCUCCAUGGCAACCGGAGACGCCUCCCGGUUUGCUCGGCUCGAGUGGUGCUGCGAGAAUAGUUCAAACACCGCGGAGGUGAGGACCCUCGGAGACAUGAGGGGAGCGGAGGCCGCAGUGGUGGCAGCGGCGGCGGCGGCGGCGGCCACCGUGAUGCGGGACGAGGACGAAGACGAGGACGAGGACGAGGAAACGGAACGGGAGCAGCGGCCGCAGCCCCCGCAGCCAUCCGGGGUCGCGUGCUCAGUCUGUGGAGAGCUGAGCAGCGGGUGUCACCCGGAGCGCGGCAAACCCUGGAAAAAAUUCCUAUAUAGUGAGCCACAUAAGAGAAUUAAGGAAGUGCUGCAAGAAGAACUUUUUAUCCAGAGAGAUGAAUGCCACAUCAAAAAUCCAUCUACAGUGGCUCUAGAAGGUAUCUGGAGCAUUAAAAGGAAUUUCUCCAUGGGAAGCUUGAAGCCAGGAUCACAGAAUAAAAACAGUUUACUUCCACAACCCAAAUACUACUCCAGACACGGAGGAAUAAGAAUGGUAACGGGGAACAAGAGAAGGCUAAAAUCCACAGAAAUGAUAAGUAACUCUCUUCCAUUGAGAAGUCACUUCUCUUGAUGUCCCAAGAGCUAAGAAGAAAUCUAAGUACAUACCCCAGUCUAUUUAAGAAGUAAAAUAAAGUGUUUUAGUCUAUA